GUUUGUGGAUUCGGGAGAAACGAAAGCUAUUUCCCUGCUACACGAGCCUCUGCUUAAGGAUCCACACUCUUCUAGUUUGGUUAAAGCUGUAAAGGAGGGAAUAUUUGACUUGUUAUUCUGUCAAAGCAGAGCAGUUCAUAUUUGAGGACAGACUGUCUGCAAAGAAAUGGCCGAGUCUGCAGUGAGUCAGUAUGUGGAUCAGUUCAGCUGUUCAGUCUGUUUGGAUCCUCUGAAGGAGCCGGUGACGAUUCCCUGUGGACACAGUUACUGUAUGAGCUGUAUUACUGACUGCUGGGGCCAGAAGGAGCAGGGGCCGCCGUACCGCUGUCCCCAAUGCAGAGAGAGCUUCAGUCAGAGACCUCUACUGAAGAAGAACACUCUGAUAGCUGAGAUGAUGGAGACGCUGCAGAAGACGUCCCUACAAACGGCUGCUGUGGAGUGUGAUGUUUGCACUACAGAGAAGAACAGAGCUGUAAAGUCCUGUCUGCAGUGCUUGGCCUCCUUCUGUCAAACUCACCUGCAGCUUCACUAUGAAUCUCCUGCGUUUAUGAAGCACAAACUAGUCGAAGCUUCCAGAAACAUUCAGGAGAACAUCUGCCUCAGUCAUGGGAGACUUCUGGAGAUUUACUGCCGGGAUGAUCGUCAAUGCAUUUGUUAUUUGUGUAUGAUUGACAAUCAUAACGGACAUUGUUUGGUUUCUCUGGAAUCUGAAUGGACAAAUCAAAAGAAAGAGUUGAAUGAGAUAAAGGAGGAGUGUCAGAAGCUGAUCCAGGAGCGAGAGAGAGGUCAGCGGGAACUCAGAGAAGCUGUGAAGUCUUUUAAAAGUUCAGCUCUAGAGACCAUGGAGGACAUUGAGAAGGUCUUCACUGAGCUCAUCUGCUCUCUUGAGAAGAAACGCUCUGAGAUUAAAGAGCAGAUCAGAGCUCAGGAGAAGACUGAGAUAGAUCGAGCAGAGGAACUUCACAAACAUCUGGAUCAAGAGCUGACAGAACUCAGAAAAAGACAAGCAGAGAUUGAGAAACUUCUGAUUACUGAAGAUCAGAUCCAGUGUCUGAAGAGCUGUCAGUCUGUGUGUGUUUUACCUUCAUUUGAAGACGUUCCCAGCUUCACUCAACACAUUCAUCUGUCUUUUAAAGACAUUUCAAUCUCAGCGUUUAAGGAGGUUUUGGAGGAUGUCUGUCAACAGCAAACAGCCAGAAUAUCUCGAGAAGUGUCAAAUGUUCAUGUUGCACAGACUCCAGAACCAAAGACUCCAAAUACAUUUUGGCAAUAUUUCUGUCAACUGCAACUGGAUCCAAACACUGCAAAUAACAAACUCAAACUGUCAGAAGAGAACAGAAAAGUAGCACACUUAGUUGAAUUUCAGCAGUAUCAUGAUCACCCAGAGCGAUUUAAUGCUUUUCCCUACAUCCUGUGUCGAGAGGGUUUGUACGGUCGCUGUUACUGGGAGGUCGAGUGCAGUGGAGACAUUUGGGCAGUAGCAGUUUGUUACAAAGGAAUUAGACGCAAAGGAAGCAGUGAUUACUGUAAACUUGGAUUCAACAAAAAAUCUUGGAGAUUGUCACUUGCUCAACAGAACGUCCAUUUCACACAUGAUAAAGCCCAAGUCUCAAUCCCUGCUGUCGGCUCCUCUAGAAUAGGAGUGUAUCUGGAUCACAGAGCAGGAACUCUGUCCUUCUACAGCGUCUCUGACACAAUGACUCUCCUUCACAGAGUCCAGACCACUUUCACUGAACCCUUAUACCCUGCUUUUGGGGUUUUAGAUGGUUCAUCUGUCAGGAUAAUAGAACAUAGGAGAGUUCAGAUAGACCAGAAAAAAUUAAGUGAUUGAGUUUCAGAUUCAUUUGCUAAACUUCUGAAACAUGUAGGCCAAUAUAUUGUAAUUAAAAUGUAAUUUUAAGUUAAAAUGAACAAAAGGCACAACAUUUCUUAAACACUAUCAAUGAAUAUAAAACACCCAUAAGACACUCUCAAGUUAGAUAAAGUAAAUAAAUAUACAGUUUAUUAUCUGAUGUUCCAAAAUCAUAUUCUGCAAUGAUUUUGAUAUUGUGUAUUCUGCAAUCUUGGCUUCUGAAAGUGUUCAUCUUCAGCAAGGUUUCUAUUACAUGAUAAUUCAUGUUUGAAUCCAUGAUGCAGUUUAUCAUCAAGGUGUCAGGGUUAGUUAAGAAAAUAAUCGGCUGUGGAACAAACUGUUUACAGUGUGGUUGAUCAAAUGUUUUACUUGUAACAUGUUAUAUUACUUGUAUUAAUUGCAGCCGCUAUUUUGUUCUGUUGUGCUGCCACCUGCCAGUAGACCUUAUUUCUUUACAAACAGUUUCUUUACCGUUUAAAUAACUGUUGACUUCAGGAUGAGGUCUGAUUUUGAUUUAUUUUAGCCUGCUGUUUCAUGAUAAGCUGAGAAAACCCUUUAAAGACACAUUUUUAAAAUAUCUUCUACUAUCUUUAUUUAUGUUUUGUUAUUUGUUUAAUGUAUAAUUAUUAAUAAUUUAAUGUGUUAAUUUGAUAAAAUAAAGAGAAUUUAAUGAAA